AUGCCCGCAUUCCAGAUUGUCUUCGCUGUCUUCCUGGCUCUGGUCCCUUUCGUUCAGCCGCUGCCUAUUCCCAUCCCUCGUAAUUUACUGCAGCAGCCGUCGCCUGUCGAACCUGGCACCUUACUCGGUCGGCGCUAUUCACUGCAAAACCAUGCGUUGUCCGCUGCAGUCCCUACCGACAACAAUGGACAGCCUGUCCCUCGGUAUCAUCCUUCUCAUGCAUCCCCUCGUAGACGGUAUGCCCCCUUCCCGAAGUACCUCGCCGAACGGGCUGUAGCCGAACAUACUCGAUCCUCGGAGGGAAAGGUAGCUCCUACGUCUCACGUUCGCGCCAACGUCGCGGAACAGACGUCUUCAUCGUCGGAGUACAACACCUCGGUGACUCUCGUUCCUCGCCCAACGGCCGCCGUUGAAGCAAAUCACUCGGAGACCGCGAAGCCGAAACGCGUUCAUAAAGACAAGGCUAGAACAGUCAGCAACCAGUCACCUCAGUAG